UCUUCAAAUUAACUGGCUAAAAAUCGGAUGUCCUUGAUGAGGGUUCUGAGACACCAUGGAGUGGUUCAUUUUUUGUUGAUAGCAUCAAUGACCAGCUUCGAGUCACCUUCGAUUAGGAGUUAACUUUGUAUUGUAUAAAAGCUUCUAAAGGCAGAUGAACAUAAAAAAUUCUGAAGAAUUUCUCGAUCGCUUUGUGAUUGUAGUUAUUUUACUAUUUUAACCUCAGACCUCGCAUGUAUUAGUGCAGCAUUGAUAGGAAUAUUGGUCUCUUUCCUCUCUUGCAAAUUGUUCUCUUUCCCUCACGCCCACAACGCCAUGACACGACUGGUCGGCAAAACCAGAGGUGAACCCGAACUCGAAGACAGACGCAGAGGUCGCAGGUUUAAUUAUAAUCAUAAUUGUAUGUUCAAAAGCAAAUCCGAUCGGAGCCAAAGCUGUCGAGGUCUGCUUCUUAUAAAGAGGGCCGUACCAGAAGCUGGCAUCCCUCUUCAAAGGCGCAACUCUAAUGCACGGAGAAACCACCAUUACCGUCUCAGCGUUCCCCGCCGGCGCCAAGACCGGGACGAUGAGGAUCCCUGGAAGAAUAUGAAACGCCCAGCAGGUCUGAGACUUGGAUGAUGGAAUUGGACAAUUAAAGGCCUAAAGGAGUUGCUGUGCUUGGACUUGGAUGUGGACAAGUUGACUUUAUUGGUCAAGUGCUUUGUAUAAUUAUCUUUUGGGAGGAGAUAAGUGUUCCCACGUGCCUAGCUCUCCAUUCUUUCUUCUACAUAUUGGAAGGCACCUUCCCUUGCCUUGCCGCAGCCCAAUAUCACCAAAUACCCAGAAUCAAUAAACCUUAAUUAAGGGGGAGUGAAGGAAAUUGAAUAAGUAUGAAGAGCCCAAUCUCCGUGAAAUUAGAGAACCAAGAUCGACAUCAUAUCAAGAUGGAAGGAGAUCUCCCAAUUAAACCAGAUUCUGAGAAGAAGUGGAAAGCAAUUAAACUUCAUCAAAUGGCUCCUAGUAUUUUGGGGAUUGGAUUCUUCUUCAGAUUUUCUUGGGGGCAAAAGUGAAAGGUUAUAAAGAGAGUUUAUUCAUCAUUCUGUGUUUUUCUCACUGCUCUCGGCGGAAACGACACUCGUACUUCUGAGUCUAUACUACUACGCGACUCCUGCACUUGGGAUUAGCAAGCAAUUUUUUUGGCGCCGGUCGCCGGGGAGCGUUUGACGAAGCACACGGAAUAUUUCGACAUUUGGUACAUUCGUUCCAUUUUCUUUUUUUUCAUUUUGUUAGUGUUAGUUAGUUUAGUUUGUUUUCAUUCUUAUGCGUUAUAGAGAUCAGUUAGGUAGAUUUGCUAAAAAGCCUGAGUGUGAAACUUUGUUUGGCAAUUUGUUUGAGUCUUCGAGUUCGUCUGCAUCAUCUGUAAACAUGGAAGACGACGACAAUAAUAAUGUAAACAAUGACCAAAACAAUGUUUUGAAUAAUGUGCUCAACAAUAAUCUGCUUCCCCCACCUCCUCCACCUAGGACUUUGCAGACUUACUUGCAUCCUGCACGUAAUGCUCAGCCUUCUUGCAUCAUGUUACCACCUAACAUGCCCAACAUUGAUUUUAGACCUGGCAUUGUUCAACUUCUUCCUGCAUUUCAUGGUUUGGAAAAUGAAAAUCCAUAUGUGCAUGUUAGGGCAUUCGAGGAAGCAGUUACUGCAUUUUAUGAUCAAGUUGCAGCCGUUGAUUUUGUCAAACUAAAAUUCUUUCCAUUUUCGUUGCGGGACAAGGCAAAAGCUUGGUUGUAUUCUUUGGGGGCUAGAUCUAUAGGUUCUUGGGCUGAAAUGACUGAAGCAUUUUUCAAUGAGUAUUUUCCUAAUCAUAAGACAAUGGCUUUAAAGAGAAAGAUCGCUAAUUUUGCUCAAAAUGAAAAUGAGUCAUUGUAUCAAACUUGGAAAAGAUUUAAGGAACUCUUGAGCUUAUGCCCACAUCAUGGUUUUGAAACUUGGCGGUUGGCCAGUUGCUUUUAUGAGGGACUUCUCCCUCGUGAUCGUCAAUUUAUUGAGUCUAUGUGCAAUGGAAAUUUCCUGAAAAAAGAUCCUGAUGAAGCCAUAGAGUUUUUAGAUGAGAUUGCUAAGAAGGCUCACCAAUGGAGUGACUCUUCUACUUUUGAGAGCACAGAUCGCUCUAAGCCCUCCACACCUUCUGUGAGUAAAGGAAUUUUUCAAUUAAAAGAAGAAGACCACUGGAAGAUGAAAUAUGAGACCUUACUUGCUGGUUUGAAUAAAUCUCACGUGCCUCAAACGGUUAAUUGUAAUCAAGUUUGUGAUUAUUGUUAUGAGAUUGGUCACUUUGGUCAAAAUUGUCCUUCUUUGCAGGUGAUGAAUGAGCCACAAGUGGCUGCAUUGGGAAAUUUUCAGCGACAAUAUUCACCUUAUUCGGAGACUUACAACCCAACAACAAAGAAUCAUCCCAACUUUCGUUGGCGGAAUGAGUCUCACCCUCAGGUAAGUGUCCCUAACCCUCAAUUUUCAGCACCUAAUACAUUUAAUUCUAAGCCAUCUCUGGGAGACACUCUUCAGACAUUCAUGCAAGAGCAGCAAAAACAAAGUCAAAGGUAUGAUGCCAUGUUCACUAAAUAUGAUUCUAUGUUUGGUCAGAUAGUUGAAGAGAAUAAGGAAAUUAAGAAUCAGAUUUCUAAAUUAACCAAUUCUCUUGCUUUUAAUGAAAAAGGGAGGUUUCCUUCUAAUACUGAGCCAAAUCCCAAACGUAUCAAUUCGGUUGAAAUAGUUGAGCAUGCUGAUUCUAUUACUCUUAGGAAUGGAAGAACAAUUGAAAAUGCACCUCCUGUUAAAGAGGUAGAGAAACCUAAGAGUAAAAAUGAAUUUGAUGAGUCUAAAGAGAAUGAAAUUGUUGAAAAUCAUUCUGUGCCUGCACCAUUUCCCAAAGCUUUACUUCCUUCAAAGAAAGUGAAUCAGAAUUCUGAAAUUUUUGAUCUUUUUAGGCAAGUAAAAAUAAACAUUCCCUUGUUAGAUGCAAUUAAGCAGGUGCCAUCUUAUGCAAAAUUUUUGAAAGACUUGUGCACUGUGAAAAGGAAGCAUAAUGUGAAGAAAACUGCAUUUUUAGCUGCUCAUGUUAGUUCAGUACUUCAAAGUAAAAUUCCUCCAAAAUACAAAGAUCCCGGUAGUCCUACUCUUUCUUGUGUCAUUGGAGAACAUUUUAUUGAUCGUGCUUUACUUGAUUUGGGUGCUAGUGUAAACUUACUUCCUUAUUCAGUGUACCUGCAGCUAGGUCUCGGUGAGCUUAAGCCUACAAAGCUUAAAUUGCAGCUGGCUGAUCGUUCUGUAAAAAUUCCAAGGGGAAUGAUUGAGGAUGUGUUGGUCCAAGUGGACAAAUUUUAUUAUCCUGUUGAUUUCUUUGUUUUGGACACAGAACCUGUUUCACACACUGAAAAUCAAAUCCCUGUUAUUUUAGGACGUCCAUUCUUAGCUACAUGUGAUGCUAACAUUAGUUGCAGGAGUGGAGUGAUGAAAUUGAGUUUUGGAAAUAUGACAAUGGAAGUUAAUAUUUUUAAUGUGUUUAGGCAGCCAUAUGGAGAUGAGGAAUGUGAAUUUGUUGAUUUUAUUGGAACUCUAAUGCAUGAACAAUUUGUGAAGAGCAGCGUUGUAGAUGUGUUAGAAAAUUUCCUCAUGAAUUCAAAUGAUUCUAAUGUUGCUGAAAUUGCUGAAAUAAGUUCAUAUUUUGGUUCUUUUCAGGUCCAAGGAGUGAAUGGAUGGACGCCUAAGUUUGAGAAGCUUCCACCGCGAGUUGAGAGCAAACCAUCAAGUGUAGAGGUGCCAAAACUGGAACUGAAACCUCUGCCAGCAGGCCUAAAACAUGCAUUCUUGGGUCCAAACGACACUUUUCCUGUGGUAAUAUCCUCUUUACUUACUGUUGAACAGGAAGGUAUGUUGUUAAAUGUCUUGAAGGCCCAUAAAUCUGCUAUGGGUUGGUCUAUUGCUGAUAUUAAGGGAAUUAGCCCUCUUGUUUGCACACAUAAGAUUUUCUUAGAAGAGGAUGCUAAACCAUCUAGGGAGCCACAACGUAGACUAAACCCAAACAUGAAAGAAGUUGUAAAAACUGAGGUCUUGAAAUUGUGGGAUGCGGGUAUUAUUUAUCCAAUUUCCGACAGUAAAUGGGUUAGUCCUACACAGGUUGUACCUAAGAAAUCUGGAAUAACAGUGAUCAAGAAUGAUAAAAAUGAAUUGGUUCCUACUAGGGUUGUUUCUAGUUGGCGCAUGUGCAUAGACUAUAGGAAACUUAAUUCCGCAACUAGGAAAGAUCAUUUUCCCUUACCUUUCAUUGAUCAAAUUUUAGAAAGGGUUGCAGGCCAUGAGUUUUAUUGUUUUCUAGAUGGUUACUCAGGUUAUUAUCAAAUUGAAAUUGCCAUUGAAGAUCAAGAAAAAACUACUUUUACAUGUCCAUUUGGUACGUUUGCUUUUCGUAGAAUGCCAUUUGGUUUGUGUAAUGCUCCUGCCACAUUUCAAAGAUGCAUGAUUAGUAUUUUCAGUGACAUGGUAGAGCAAUUUCUUGAAGUUUUCAUGGAUGACAUAUCUGUUUUUGGUGAUUCAUUUGAUGAAUGUUUGUCUAAUCUAGAAAGAGUGUUGAUAAGAUGUGAAGAGAAAAAUCUUGUUCUGAACUGGGAAAAGUGUAAUUUCAUGGUCCCUUCUGGAAUUGUUCUUGGUCACAUUGUUUCUUCUAAGGGAAUUGAAGUAGACAAGUCUAAGAUUGAACUGAUUGCUAAAUUACCUGUUCCAAAGAGCAUAAAAGAUGUUAGAUCAUUUUUAGGACAUGCUGGUUUUUAUAGGAGAUUUAUAAAGGAUUUCAGUGCCAUACACUACUACAGAAAUUGAAACAGACGACGGGCA